ACGCUUGUGGGUGACUCCAAGGACUUCAAAAGUUCAAAAUCUCUCAUUUUUCUCUUUCCUUUUCUCACUCAAAUGGGUUCGGGCAACAGCAGACACGGGUCGGGUCAUUCUCGUACCGGGGUCAAUCGCCGAUCAAAACUUCUCUCUUCCCUCCUUUGCGGUUGCUCCAAUUCUCGAGCUGCUCCCAUCGAGGAGUAUUCGAAUGUAUAUCCAGUGAGUUCAGCCGAAAAUUUUCCUCCUUUCACUGAUUUGGUCCGAAAUCUCCCUGGAGGUUCUUUGAUUAGCAGCACAGGAACACAGUUUUGCAGCCCUAGUACUGAAACUGGAGCCUCAUCUGGAAGCAGCAUUGCAGCCAGUGGAUAUGCUUCUGAUGAAAAUGGUAGAAGAAAUGUUGAGACUAGCAAUCAUGGAAAAUGUUUAGCUCAUAGUAAGGAGUUAAUUUGUCCUCAUCUGGUAAGUGCUAAUUCUAGUCCUCAUGAAUCUUAUAGGGAUAGAAAUAGUACUACAGCUAGUACUUCAUUUAAAGAACAAGAAACUUCAGACUCUGUCUCUGUAAAUCAUUCGGCUAACAAGAAUGCAGUCAAUGGUAUUGACAAUUCAGAAAAGGGUGUAUCUCAAAUCUGUCCUGGGCCAAGUAGUUCAUCCUCUCAGACGCUUGGAGAUUCUCGCUCUGAUGGAGUGUCUGCUGAGAACCAUGCAAGUGAAAUAACGACAGCCCAUAAUUCUUCUGUUUCUCAUGUCCCUGAUUUACCUGUAACUUUUCACUCACUAGCAGAUGAAUCUGUUAGAGGGGCAAUGCCUGCUGGUUUAGGGUUUCUUGUGUCUAAUAGGGAACAAAGCCGGCCUGAUGGAAGUGUGCUGCAUGUUGAUGUUGUGAGUAUCUCUUCCAGCGUUUUGUCUAGUGGCAGUGCUGAUUCUAGUAACCGUGAAGUCAGAAGGAAUAGUAGGAGAUUAUUUUGGGAUGCUUUUUCAAGGCGCAGUUCUAGGAGGCUUACUGACUCGCCAACCAUUGUUUUCUCUGCGAAUGAUGCUGACGAUCUUGGAUCUCAUGACAGAUGGCUCCUUGAUUUAAGUGGUGACUUCUUUGAUGACGGUACAAGAGGUGAUUCAGGUUACAUGGGCAGUAGAAUUCACAGCUUGAAUGAACGAAGACGACACUCAAGAUCUGAGAUUUGGGAAAGACUUCGCUCUGGUCUUGAUGAGAAUCGGCAAACUAACUUCUGCCCAUCUGGUAUGCAUCCUGAUGGUUCAUGCUCAUGUGAGUCAUUUAUGAUGAGUGAUGAGUCUAAUUCUCGUACAAUAUCACGAAUAGUCAUGCUUGCUGAAGCUCUGUUUGAGGUUUUGGAUGAAAUUCAUCGCCAACCUGUAUCACUUUCUCUUUCUAUGGUCUCACUCCCUGCCCCAGAAUCAGUUGUUGACUCUUUACCACUCAAAAAUCACAAGAAGGUGGACAAAGCUGGGUGUGGUGGGGAUGAUGUUGAACAAUGUUACAUUUGCCUUGCUGAGUACGAGGAAGGGGAUAAAAUACGAGUUCUUCCUUGCCACCAUGAAUAUCACAUGUCCUGUGUUGAUAAAUGGCUAAAAGAGAUACACGGGGUAUGUCCACUUUGUCGAGGAGAUGUUCGACAGGUUGCUAUUGAAUCAUCUAACACAGAAACUCCUAACAUUUAAUAGGUUUGUAAAUAUCAAUGUAAAUAGUGAGAUUUUUCCCCUUUAAAUGUUGUAUAAUAGCUGUUGUGUACCGUAUUGAAAUUUCUUGUUAUGAUGCAGAAUACUCCUAUCUUGAGGUAUCUCAUUCACAUGAUGUAGCUCUGUGGAACUUUAUUCAUAGCAGUUAAGGAAAUGAAAUUUUGCUGGCAUAGCAGCAAUUCUUUCAUCCUGCUGUUAUAUCACCUCUUUUGUGUGUGUAAUAGAACCAAUUUUUGGAUCCCAAACAUUUAUGUUACUUGAUGUUUCAUUUA